AUGGCAGGGCUAUUGACAGAUGCUGGCUCUAAAAGGGACGAGGUCUCAGGAAAGCCUGUCCUCAUCAUGUCGACCACACCAACACCAGAGCUUUGUGAUAUUUCUCUGAAGCGGCAGCCCGCCUUCUGGUCAGAUAUUGUGGCACCUAUCUUGAUAACAGCUUUCCAUCUCUUUCUAUAUGGGCUCUACGUUCUACUCUUUCGAAUCGGGAUAGUCGUGUUAAGGAAGUGGCCUAAUACCCGGGAUCACUUAGUUCAUAAAGUCUCACUCAACAUUCUCUUCUCGCUAACAUCGCUCAGUGUCCCUCUCAACCUGGUUUUUGACAUUGGGUUAGCUUUAUGUUGGUUCAGGUCCCAUGAUAUUCUCCUCAAAUUCAUCCAACUUUCAAACGUGCUAGUUAUCCUUCGCCUUGCAAUCCUCUUAUUAAUAGGGUUGACUAUUGAUAUGAUCUUGGUGGGCCAGAAGUUGAAGUGCUACCAUGUAUUUGGAUUAACAAAACAUCUUGUUAGAUCUUUCGAUUCUUUGCAAUCUCAGGCUACGAAAGACGCUUCAUGCCAAUUCCCAUGGUAA